CUCAAAGUUACAUUUUUUCUUAGUAAAUAUUGAAAUUCUUAUCAAAUAAAGUUGAAUACCAAUUGAAAAAUUUGGUAAUUGAUAGUUUAAUUGAGGUGUAUCGUAUGCCUAUUCAAAUUUUGAAGCAUAAAAAAAUUUUCUCAUGUUUUGACAUUAUUACAUAAUAAAUUAUCAAAAUGGCAUCGAAUGAUGGAAUUCCAACUCCAGGAGUACCAGGAUUUCCUACAGCAACUCCUAACAUGACUCCAGGAUUUGUACCUCCAAUGAUUCCAGCUACUCCUUUCAUUCCACCUCCUGGGCUAGCUUCUGGGCCACCUGGCAUUAUGCCACCACAAUUUUCAAUUCCUCCUCCGGGAUUUAGCUUUCCGAUUGCUGCAACAGCUCCUCCAGCAGACCCUGGAGUAAUUGCCGCACCACCUCAAAUAAGCGCACCACUUGCCAGUGUAGCAUCUCCGUCAAUGACUCCAGUAAUUCCUGGAGAUGCAAUAGGAUCACCUGCGAUUACUUCUGGCCCGAUGGCUACCACCAUAGCUCCAGUUUCUGGAGCUCCUGCAGUACUGAAUGAUGGUGUUAAAUCAGCUGAUAAAAAAUGCGAUUGGUCGGAACAUAAAGCUCCAGAUGGUAGAACUUAUUAUUAUAAUUCAGUAACUAAGCAAUCUUUAUGGGAAAAACCUGACGAAUUAAAAACUCCAAGUGAGCUUUUAUUAUCUCAAUGUCCAUGGAAAGAGUACAAAUCAGAAAAUGGGAAAAUUUAUUAUCAUAAUGUAUCAACUAAAGAAUCUAGAUGGACAAUUCCCCCUGAAUUAGAAGAGUUAAAAAAUAGGAUUAUUGCUGAAGAAGCAGCAGCUGUUUCGGCCGCUAACACUAUAACUUCAGGAAUAACAUCAACAUCAUCAUCCACUACAUCAUCAUCAUCCUCAUCUUCAUCGUUAUUAACAACUCAUAUCAAUGCAACAGCUAAAACUACCCCGUCAGAAAUAAGUAGUGGUAAAUCUGCAAUAGAGCAAGCAAUGGCAGCAACGCUCGCAGCAAUAAAUAUACCAACACCACCAGCGAAACCAGAUGAAGAUAGUAAUUCAGCUAAAGGAUCAGCUAAUGGCAGCAGAACAAGUACGCCUGAACCUAAAAUGCAGUUUAAAGAUAAAAAAGAAGCUAUUGAAGCUUUCAAAGAAUUAUUAAAAGAACGUGAUGUUCCGUCGAAUGCUACGUGGGAACAAGCAGUUAAAAUGAUUCAAAAUGAUCCAAGAUAUCCGCAAAUGAAAAAAUUGAAUGAAAGAAAGCAAGCUUUCAAUGCAUAUAAAACUCAAAAGCUUAAAGAAGAGAGGGAGGCCGAACGACUAAGACUGAAAAAAGCUAAGGAAGACCUGGAACAAUUUUUGUUAGAAAGUGAGAAAAUGGCUAGUACUGUUAAAUACUAUAAAUGUGAAGAGCUUUUCGGUAAUUUAGAUAUUUGGAAAGCAGUUGGGGAUUCUGAUAGACGAGAUAUUUAUGAAGAUGUUGUGUUUAAUCUUGCUAAAAGAGAAAAAGAAGAAGCUAAACAAUUGAAAAAGAGAAAUACCAAAAAAUUAGCUCAAGUUUUAGAUACAAUGACUGAUGUAACAUAUAGAACAACAUGGCAGGAAGCUCAGGCAUUGCUUCUUCAACAUUCAACAUUUGCUGAAGAUGCACAUUUAUUAGAAAUGGAUAAAGAAGAUGCUCUUUUGGUUUUUGAGAAUCAUAUAAGACAGCUUGAAAAAGAUGAAGAAGAGGAAAAAGAAAGAGAGAAAAAAAGAAGAAAGCGAUUAGAAAGAAAAAAUCGGGAUGGAUUUAUAAGUUUGCUUGAUGAAUUACAUGAACAGGGUAAAUUAACAUCAAUGUCUCUAUGGGUAGAACUUUAUCCGAUGCUUUCGGCUGAUUUACGAUUUUCCACAAUGCUUGGACAACCCGGAUCAACCCCUUUAGACCUUUUCAAGUUUUAUGUUGAAGAUCUCAAGUCUCGAUUUCAUGAUGAAAAGAAGAUAAUCAGAGAAAUUUUAAAAGAUAAAAACUUUGAAGUUCAAGUUAACACAACUUUUGAAGAAUUCGCAACUGUAGUUUGUGAAGAUCGAAAAUCUGCAACUCUGGAUGCAGGUAAUGUAAAAUUAACUUAUAAUCUGUUACUAGAGAAAGCAGAAGCGAGAGAAAAAGAAAGAGUUAAGGAAGAAACAAGAAAGUUUAAAAAAUUAGAACUAGCUUUCAAAAACUUAUUAAAAAGUUUCGAUGUUGACUAUCAAGUUACUUGGGAAGACAUUAGACCGAAGAUUGAAGAGUCUGCAGAUUUUAAAGCUAUUACAGUUGAAAGUGAACGCUUAAGAAUAUUUAAAGAGUAUCAACAUGAGUUAGAAGAAAGUUGUAGUCAUCAUCAUAUUCGAAGUAAGAAGAAGAAAAUGAAAAAAUUAAAGAGAAAAUCACGAUCCAGAUCUCCGAGUGAAUCUGAAGCAAGUGAAAAAGGUGUUGCAAAGAAAAAACGAAUGAAGUCAAGAUCAUUGAGUAUUCAAAGUAAAUCAGAAAGUUCAGAAUCAGAAAGUAAAAAGUCUAGAAGACGGAAAACAAAGAAAAAGCGUGGUAGAAGUCAUUCCAGGUCACAUUCCCGUCUUCCUUCUUCUGAAGAAUCUCCAGAAACUAAAAGAAAAGAAGAAAAACAUCGGAGAACUUCAGGAUAUAGUGAAAGUUCUAAUGGAAAUAAAGAACAAAAUGAUCUUUCAGAAGAUGAGUUAGAAAAACAGAGAGCUCAAUUGCUUAGAGAACUUCAAAUGCAACAAGAAGAGAAUUAAUUAAGUGGAAUAAAUUCAUUACAAUAAUAUAAGACAAUUGUUCAAAUAUUUUAAUUUAUAAAAUUAUUUACAAAUUAAGAAUUAAAUAAGGAUGAUCUUUUCUUAUAAUUAUGUCAGAGUUAAGUCACGUUGUUUCAAAAAUCUCAACUUUUUUUACAUAAAGUUAGUAAUAGAGAAAAUGUAGAGUGACAAUAACGAAUAAUACUCCAAUAAAAUUUUUCAUCUUGAAAUUGAUGAAAAAUCAAUUGAUGGUCAAUAAAAGAUAAAAAUUAGUAACAAAAA